AUGGUCUAUGGUGUUGAGUCGAUGGUGAUGUUAGUGGUGACUGGUGUGUUGGUCAUUAUUGCUCACGUACAUGGAUUUGGAGAGCAACCACUUGCAAAGAUUGAUAUUUACAAAACCAUUCUGGCUCUUAAAGAAUCAGCUUCUGUUUAUGCCAGCCCUCUCCUUGGCUUGAAGGGUGAGGAUGCUGAAUGGGUUACAGUGGAUGUUGUGAACCCUGAACCGUCUGCAGAUGAUUGGGUUGGAGGUACUCCUGCAUACAAGGCACAUGCAGCUAUGGGAUCCUAG